AUGAACCUUAAUUUUACGGGUCGAAAGAAAAAAAUGAGUGAGAAGAAAUACAGUAUCAUAGAGAUUAGUUUAUUUCGGCCAACCAGAAAGUCUUACCCCGAGUUUGAUUACGAAAAGAUCUGCAAAGACUAUUUGGAAGAAGAUGAUUCAAGUGGCGAGGAUGAACGCUUUCAUGAUCGGGCAGCAGAGGAAUUAGUAAAACGACUAAAUGAAAAAUAUGGAACUAAACGAGAUAAGAAAGGACGCAGGUUGAGGUUUGGUGACGCAGACGAUUUUAUGGAUAAGACUGUUGGCUACGAUUUGUCUGACCCAUUUAUUGACGAUACAGAAGCGUAUGACGAACAAGUGCCGUCUACGAUGGAUACAGCAAAAGGAGGUUUUUAUGUCAACAGGGGAAAGUUAGAUUUUCGUUUAAAAUAUGUUGAUGAUUCAUACAGUGAGGAUGACGAACCAGAAAGGAAAAAAGCUUCUGAGAAGAAACGGGCUGCUAGUGGUGGUGAACCAGAAGAUGAUGACAGUUCCGCCAGAAAUACAACUUCGAAGGUUGUCGAUGGGGCAGAGAAGGCCUUGGUCUCUGAAGAGCAAAAGAAGCAGGAUUCUACAAAAGCUGUUGAUCGUCUUUCCUCAAGUGGGGCACCACCAAUGAACAGGCGGGUUGUUAAACAAAAUUUAAUAAAAAGGCGUCGUUUGAUUGGUCAGCCUCCCUCUAUGAAGUUGUCGCCAUCGCCAACAGUAAAAGCAGCCUUGGGCGUUAAAAGGAAAUUGAAAAAUCCAAUGAAGAAAGUUGCUGGAAACAUGAACGAGGAUGAACUUGAUAGUUUUCUGAAGGAUAUGGUUGGAGGACAUGAAAUUCCUUUCGAUGAAACGAUGAGGCAAGCUAUAAAAGACUUGAAAAACGACGCGCCAGUGGUUUCAAAACCAUCUGUAACUGCCUCGCCAACUGCUCUAAGUGUUGAUGAUCAUGAAGUUACCGCCACCACAUCUAAUGUGAUAAGCGGUGAAGAUGCAGCAAACGGUUCAAAUAAGAGGGGACGACCUCUUGGUUCUGCUGCUGAUUUUACUAGAGCUCUGGUUCUUUCAAAAAAACUGACUGAUAUGAUCGAAACUUACAAGAAGCAAACAUCGGAGUUCGGUGCCCCUAAUAAGAAAAUUCGGCUCCCUCCAAGCCUUGUCGACCUAUGCAUUAAGUUAAUUGAAGGGCAGUGCAAUUCAGACGGGUUGAGUCAUGCACAGAAGACGCGUAUUUUUGAUUCUUUGGCUAACUGGGUUUUAGUGCAGCGUAAUUCUUUGUAUAUUCGAAUGAAAAUGCAAAGGGAGAAGCGUGAAGCUGGUACUACAGGGUCAAGCAGCUCAGGUUUGACUCUGUCUUCUGAUUACUCUCCUCCAGCUUGCAACGCGCUCUCUUCUGGUUUAUCGGAAUCUAAAAAAGCAGCAGAAAGUAAUUUGGUAUCUUCUGCCAAUUCUUCAUCCUCUUCUCCUCAGAAACCUUCUGGGAGUUCGCUGGACACAGUGCCGUCGGCUUCGGUAUCAAAACCCAGUACCCAAAAUAAUCCACCAGUUAAGACUUUGGCUCAUUCUGGAUCUUCUACUAAGUCUGAAGAAGCACAUUUGCCAAGGCUAGGGCUAAAAGAAAGUGAUCCUGAUAAACUAGCUGAUGCAUCACCUUCAAAGUCUGGACUUCUUAAUGGACUGCAGAAAAGUGGAAGUACGGCUGUACAUCAACCAUCAACAGUCUCUCCAGCAAAAAAAGACUCUUUUGCAACCAGUUCUCAAUUGCCGAUUCCGCAAGCGCAGUUGCUAAAUGCUUUGACGGCAACAAGUAACUCACAAAUGCUUGCAUUGUUGUCAGCCGUAUUACAACAGCAGAGCGCUUCGAGUACUGACUGUCAACAACAGAGGCAGUUAGCAGCUACGUUGGCGACUUUAAAAAUGCAAUCUGUUCUAGCCGCAAAUGUGUGUCAGUCACCUGAGCUUCUUCGUCAGUAUCAGAUAUUGAUGAACUCACUUGCGAAGUCUUCUGUUCCCACGUCCUCGUUCCAACAUUUGAAAAGUCAAACAAACACUUCGUCUUCUCAUUCAACUUCUCAGGGAAAGGAAACUUCUGGAGUUCCUCAGGGGUCGUAUUCGAAACAAGGAAGCGCUGUUGCCCAUUCUUCGAAAUUCACUCCUACUAGCACUGUACAGUUACUGCGUGCAAAGCAGGCAUGUGUUAAUGUGCAAAAUAACGCACAGGUUAAGGAAUCGGGUACGAAUGCUGCCAAAAAUUUGCAGAAAAUGAAAAUUGACAGUAUGUUCAAAACCAAUAAGAACAAUGCGACGGGAAAAUAUGUGAGCAGUGGUUCAAAGAAUGUCACUCCUAAAUCGUCUUUAGCUGACAACAAGGCGAUCUCUUCACCUUCUGCUGUAUCUGUUGGUUCUUCGACUCUCAUUAAUUCAACUGCAUCUAAACAUUCGAAAGUGCACAGUAGCUCAACUAAUAGUUCAGCAUCUAAACUCUCUGCAAUUGGGGCCUUAUCAAAUAAACUUCUUAAACAAAGCUCUGAUUCAAACCUUAUGGGACAAGGAAAAGUUGUUUCUUCUCCUGGUACUAAUAUGCGUCAAAAUAAGGAGGGAAAUCAAAGAAGUGUAACUCAGCCAGGUUCUCAAAUAGAUAAAACUAAGGCGCUCGAAUUAAUUAACGUCGCGGCAGACAACUUAAGAAUAGCUAUUGAGGAAGCAGUUUUUUCAGCAGAUGAAGAGUCGGAGCCACUUAGGAAAAGGCCGGCACUUGAAGGCGGGAUUCCGGAUGAAAAAUCAUUUCGGUGGACGGACAAAUUAAGGGCAUCUUUAAUCGCAUUGGUAAACACUUUCUUUGAAAGUUUAAAUGGGCAUCUUACUCAAGCUGAUUUGACGUCCAAAUUGGCACAGUACCUGAGUGGGUGCAUUUAUCCGUUGUUUAAGGGAUGCGUUUCUUUUAAGGAUUUUUGCGCUGAACUGGCGAAAUUGUUUCCCGAUAGUUAUUGUUUGUUCGCUUUGCCGGAAUUGAAAGAGUGCUCUAAAAAAAGCAAACGUGUUGGUGAAUGUGUACCAUCCAGUACUCUCCACACUUCACAUUCUAAAGGUGUUUCAAAAGCACGUGUUUCAACUAAAGAUUCUGCUGGAAAAAGUAGUCGCGCUGCAACUUCUGGAACUCAGAGUAGCUUAAUAACAAGCAAACCAAAGCAAUCUGUAGCUGCAUUAGCCAGUCAGAUAAGUAACGUUGAGGCCGUAAAGCAUCCUGAAACUCGGGAGAAAGACGACGCAGAAGAUGGUACGCUCUCGGUAAAGCCUGAAGGAGCUUCCACACAUCCAAGUGUAGCUUCAUCAGCAAACGUUCAAGAGCAUGAUAUUGUAUCAAACGCCUCAAAAUCUGCUGGUGCAGCUCGGAACCCACAGAUCAUUGGGAAGCAGGGAGUAAAUGACACGCCAUUGGCAAAGCCUGAAGAAGCUAUCGUAGUUACAAAUGUAGCAUCAUCGACAAACGUUGAGGAGCAUAAUAUUGUAUCAAAUGUCUCAAAAUCUCUUGUUGCAGCUCGGAAACCGCAGAGCGCCAGCAAGCAGGCAGCAAAUGGCACGCUGUCGGUAAAGCCUGAGGAAGUUCCAUGUGUAUCUUCUUCGGCAAAUGUUCAGGAGCAUAAUGCUGUAUUAAAUGUCUCAAAAUCUGUUGGCUCGGUCCGGAAACCACAGAGCACUGGCAAGCAGAGCACUUCGGAAAAGGAAAAGGAAACAUGUGCCUUUAACCCAAGGUUGACUCCUGGCCAAAAAAUAAUUCUUGCUCGUGAGGCUGAGGAAAGAGCACGUUUAGCUGCAAAGGAGAAAGCUGAAUUUGAACGCCGAGAACAAGAGAAGGAAAUGGAACGUAAGCAACAGGAAGCUGAGCGACUAGAAGAAGCAGCAAAGGAAGAAGAAGCGGAACGUGAAGCAGCUGCUGAGGCUGAAAAAGAAAAAUUAGAACGCGAAGCUUUGGAGGCUGAAAGAUUGAUGAAAGAGGAGGCCAGACGUCUUGAAGUAGCAGAAAUGGAACAGAAAAUCAGGGAAGAAGCUGAGAAAAUGAAUAAGGAAAGCGAGUUUAAGCAAAAUGAGGCGAAUAUGCGGGAUAAAAGCAAUAAUGCAGGACAGGAAAAGAUCCAUCGUGAGCUUAAGAGUGGACAUCGGUGGGUCUCUAGACGUAUAGAUAUAACAUUGAUCUUACGAUCGGUUAUAGAGAAUAAAGAUGAAAUUUUUUUUCAUUUUGCUGUUUUAGUUGAAGGAUACAACAAACGUGAAGAGGAAGUAACUUCUUCAAACUCCCUGAAUCAGUUAUUUUCCAAGGACGAGGUAGACGAAAGUAUUUCGCAGCAAGAUGACGAUGAUUUGUUAGAUCGAAUUUCACCUUUUGAUUUUGGGAUUGAUGUACGGAAAUGUUUGCAGUUGGAACUACCGCAGGGGCAAGAAUCUUCAAAUCUUGGACCUGGCAGCGCAUAUGAUUACAAUAAAAUGAUCAAGGAUUCUCCUCGCGGCCAUUGUCAAGGUGAUUCGUCCUUUACGUUACCGCAGCAGUCACCAGCCUUUUUACAAGCGCAUUCUUCUAUGAAACCUACAUAUUCUCUUCAUGCUGUGACUGCAUCUCCGGCAGCACAUUCAUCUCCACAACUGGCCAUUGCCUCACCUGUACAUCGUCCGUCAGCUUCACCUUUCCAACAAAAAGUGGCGUCGCCUAUGCAGCAGUCAGUUAGUUCUCCUGUGCAGCAAAAAAUGUCAGUGGAAAUGCAGGGCUCUAGUGCUUCACCAGUACAUCAAACACUGUCAUCUCCUGUACAGUGUCCGAUUGCUUCACCGUUACAACAGAUACCACCAUCUCCGUCAUCAUCUCAUGCCCAGUACAGUCAGGGAAACAGAACCUCAAUUUUUCAUAAUUACGAAAACUGUCAACAGUUUCCGCCGAAUAUGUAUCAUACCGAUGAACAAGUCAAUAGACUUGAUGUUACGGGAUCUGAAAAACAGAGAAAUCACGCAGAAAAUUACCAACGGAAUGUUUAUCAAUCAGGCGUUAAUUCAGUCUUUCAGACUUCGUCAUCAGGUAUCUGCAACACCGUUACUAGUGGGGCUGUGCAGCGCAACAGCAGUCAUUCAAUGUACGCACCGAUGUUGCCUCAGCAGCCACAGCAGUCUCAAUCAAAGAAAAUGUUUAUGACUACUCAGCGCGGUGGUUAUGCAGUACCUGAACAGAAUUCUCCGGCAAUAACUAGCUGUCAGUUUUCAACUCGACGCGAUAGUUCGACGUUUAACAGUGACAUUCAACAACAGUUUUCUCAAUCACCUACGCCCGUUGUUCCAGCAAGGGCAGUAGGAACUCAGAACAAUAUUUCUCGGGAAACAAAUAGUGGAAUCAAUAAUAUGGAUACAUUCUCAACUCAUAGUACUCAAAAAGCAAGUAGAUCUUUCACAGGAUAUCCAUCAUCAGCUUGUGGGAACAGCGCUAGCGAAUUACAUCAACGCCAGUCGAGUCAACCAUCUAUUUUCAGAAGCAUGAACAUGCAACAAAACCCGUUACUUGUUUCUCAACAUCUGUCUGGGUUUAGCUCAGUUUCAAGUCCAAAUUGUCAUUCAGCAACUCAUAUCUCGUCAUCUCAACAGCCUGUUUUUCAACAGCAAUGUCAAGGAACUAUCUACGAUCAGCAGAUGCAAAAUUUUAGGUACCCGAGUACCCAACGUGGUCAGCAAAACUAUGACAGUGCGCAGCAGUGGCAGUAA